ACUCACAUUUAUGCAAUAGCUAGCAAGAAGAGUCAGCACUUAACAAACGCCAUUUUAAAAAGCAGCCAAGAAUAAAGGAAGAAAAUGCAGAUUUCUGUUUUCAUCGUUGAUGCAUUUACAAAUCAGCCAUUUUCUGGAAAUCCUGCAGCUGUUUGUCUCCUUGAAGAGGAACUGGAAGAAGGUUGGCACCAAAAAAUUGCAACAGAAAUGAAUCUCUCGGAAACUGCAUUCAUCAGAAAACUGCAUCCCACUGAUGACUUUGCAAGAAGUUCCUGUUUUGGAUUAAGGUGGUUUACACCAACUAAUGAGGUCCCACUCUGUGGCCAUGCAACCCUUGCAUCAGCUGCUCUGUUAUUCCAGAAAAAGAAAAAUAGGAAUUCAACCCUCACUUUCAUAACUCUGAGUGGAGAAUUACAUGCCAGAGAAGCAGGCGAUCAUAUUAUCCUGGACUUACCCCUUUAUUCUACCUAUCCACAGGAUUUUCAGGAAGUGGAAAAGUUAGUGAAGGUAGCAGUAGGUGAUAUGAAUGUUCAAGAUGUUUGUUACUCUCCUGACACAAAGAAGCUCCUUGUCCGUCUCAGUGAUGUUUAUGAAAGGUCUGAUCUGGAGAAAAUACGAGUGAAUGCUCAAGAACUUAUGCUGGCUGAGAAUACUGGGAAAGUAAAAGGAUUAAUAGUCACUCUUAAGGGAGAUUUCCAUGGAAAACAUGCAAGCUAUGACUUUUACUCCCGCUACUUUGCUCCUUGGUAUGGAGUUCCAGAAGAUCCUGUCACAGGAUCUGCUCAUGCUGUCUUAAGUAGUUACUGGUCACAACAACUUGGGAAAAAUGAAAUGUGUGCAUUUCAGUGUUCUGCUCGUGGAGGACAGUUGAAGAUUUUGCUUCGGCAGGACAGAAGAGUAGACAUCAGUGGUCAAACUUUCAUUGUGUUAAAUGGUUUUUUGACCAUUUAAAAAACAGGCUGAAAAAAGGAGAGAGAGAGAAGGGAAAAAAAGAAAGAAAACAAAAGUUCCUUCUCAUUGCAAAUGUCCUUUUGUUCCGAUUGUUGUUGAGUAUUUUAUGGAGAACGCUACUACUUAAAUUGAAAGGCAAAGUAUACAUAAUUUGGAAGCUUACAUGUAAAAAUUUAUGUAUUUAUCUGCAUUAUAUUCCCAUCCAAUCCCAUCAUGGCAGAUUCAGGCAGGCCAUAAUGGAUUAUGAAACACAUUUAUGUAACUGUCUAGUACAAUUUCUGUCCAGUCCUUUGCAACUGCUUGGGAUAGCUAGCCAUAGUUCAAAACAAAACAAAACAUACAUAAUAAAAACAAACUAUAUUAAAUUCAA